AGUUAAACAGGGAAGUACAGAUGCGAUAGAACUUAAAAGAAGAGUUGAAAUAUUGGAGAGUCCGUUGGAGAGGGACAUAUACAAAAAAAAAAAAAGGGACAAAACAAACAGAGAUAUGUUGGGGGUAGCUACUGCUGCUGCUUCUCCUUCUACUGCCGCCACCACCGCUACCACUGCCUACGCGGCGCACACUCUCAACCCCAUACUCCGCGCCUUUCAGAGGAACAAUUUCACGUCUCCUUCUUAUCACUCGAUUAUCUGCGGUCGCUUCCAUUUUCUCUCGCUACGCUCCUGCAACGGUUUUUCAACCAAAACCAUGGCUGACUCGCAAACCCUCGCUGUUCCGAAACAUCACCCUCAGUCCUCUUCCUCUGCCAAUAAGCAAGCACUGAUAUCUUUGUCAGAAAAAAAGGAUCUGGCCUUUCUUGGCAAUGGCCUUCAAGAAUUAGGGUACACAAUUGUUUCAACCGGAGGAACUGCAUCUGCCUUAGAAAAUGCUGGUGUCUCUGUUACCAAAGUGGAGCAGCUUACUCUUUUCCCUGAAAUGCUCGAUGGUCGUGUUAAAACAUUGCAUCCCAACAUACAUGGUGGUAUUCUUGCAAGAAGAGACCGAAAACUUCACAUGGAAGCUCUUAACAAGCAUGGAAUUGGUACAUUUGAUGUGGUGGUUGUGAAUUUGUAUCCCUUUUAUGAUAAAGUUACUUCCACCGGAGGAAUUGACUUUGAAGAGGGCAUAGAGAAUAUUGAUAUUGGUGGCCCUGCCAUGAUUAGAGCUGCUGCGAAGAAUCACAAGGAUGUCUUGGUUGUUGUUGAUUCACAAGACUAUCCUGCACUGCUUGAAUUCCUUAAAGGAAGUCAGGAUGACCAACAGUUCCGCAGAAAGCUUGCUUGGAAGGCUUUUGAGCAUGUUGCUUCUUACGAUUCUGCAGUUUCUGAGUGGCUCUGGAAACAGACUGUUGGAGAUAAAUUCCCUCCCAGCUUGACGGUGCCAAUAUCCCUCAAAAGUUCACUUCGUUAUGGUGAAAACCCUCAUCAGAAGGCUGCAUUUUAUGUUGACAAGAGUCUCUCUGAGGUCAAUGCUGGUGGUAUUGCAACAGCUAUUCAACACCACGGGAAGGAAAUGUCAUAUAAUAACUAUUUAGAUGCUGAUGCAGCAUGGAAUUGUGUGUCAGAGUUUAGGAACCCUACAUGUGUGGUUGUAAAGCACACAAAUCCCUGUGGGGUAGCUUCUCGUGAUGAUAUCCUUGAGGCUUACAGGCUGGCUGUGAAAGCAGAUCCAGUGAGUGCAUUUGGUGGAAUUGUAGCCUUCAACAUAGAAGUAGAUGAGGCCCUUGCUAAGGAAAUUCGAGAGUUCCGAAGCCCAACAGAUGGUGAAACUCGGAUGUUUUAUGAGAUUGUUGUGGCUCCCAAGUAUACAAAGAAGGGGCUUGAGAUCCUCCGGGGAAAAUCAAAGACAUUGAGGAUCCUUGAGGCAAAGAAGAAUGAGAAAGGAAAGCUCUCACUUCGACAAGUUGGUGGUGGUUGGUUAGCCCAGGAUUCAGAUGACUUGACCCCCCAAGAUAUCCAGUUUAAUGUAGUAUCUGAGAAGAAGCCACAAGAUAGUGAGCUUCGUGAUGCAAAAUUUGCAUGGCUAUGCGUAAAGCAUGUCAAGAGCAAUGCUAUUGUUAUAGCAAAGGACAACCGAAUGUUGGGUAUGGGAAGUGGGCAGCCAAACCGUCUGGAGAGUUUGAGAAUAGCUUUGAGGAAAGCAGGAGGUGAGGUCAAAGGAGCUGCUUUGGCUAGUGAUGCGUUCUUCCCAUUUGCGUGGAAAGAUGCAGUGGAAGAAGCUUGCCAAAGUGGUAUUGGAGUCGUUGCUGAGCCUGGUGGGAGCAUUAGAGAUGGGGAUGCCGUCGACUGCUGUAACAAGUAUGGGGUUUCAUUGCUUUUCACAAAUGUAAGGCACUUUAGGCAUUGAUUAUUGCAGUUUUCCUUUUUGCCUUUUUGAGUUCAACCCGAGCUCCAAUGGGGAAGACUGUAAUUGCAGGAGGAUGCAUGAGUAUGACGCAAUGUUAUGCAAUUUAUAUGACUAUCUUCACAGCUAAGAAAUGUUGUGUUUAUAUUUAAAAUUUUGAAGUUGAUCUCGCAGUUUGUACCGGACAAUAUUGCUGUUUUUAGUUUGCCAAAAUAAUAAAAAAGCGAGCUUAAUUUAGAUUGUCCAGAGCCCCUGACACUUUGACCUCAAUGGCUCCCCGCAGUUAGAAAAAGCAAACGUGGCCAACUGCAUAAUCUUGGAUCCAAUUCUUCCAUUCAUCAAAUCAAAUAAUUCUCAGUCAAAAAAAUAAAUACUACAAAUUUUAAUUCAAUUCAUAAUCUGAGCACAACCGUCUGAAGAUUAGUACCAUCUAUGAAUAAACACAGAGAAUGCGACCUUGUGUCAAUUGAAUCAAAUUAUGCAGGGCAAAACAUAGAAGGGAGCAUUAUAAAGUGUGCAGGCAAUAUUUAAAUGUGUAUCGUUUCUUCUGGUUCAGAAUGUAAGUUGUGUUGUGCCAAUUGAUUCUCAAGCUAUUGAUCCUUUAACAAAGCCUCUAAAUUCUUCCAAAAGGGAAAACCAUCUUCUUCCCCCUGGAUCAUGGGAACAUUUUUCCUUAUAAAUCCAACCCAAAAUCUCCACAACUUGGAAGCAUGCUCUAGAACUAGUGUUUACAUUGCAUCAUCCCAGAACCAGAAGUUGCAGCCAACGAUUAACACUAGAAGUGAAAUUUACCGGAUAGAAGAUGCGUAAGUAAAAGCUUUGACCAGAAAGGUAAAACUUGUACUAUUAGAAUUUAAGUUAGCAGCUUGAAAAGAAUAAAGCAACAUAAUGGAUCCUCAUUUAAAUUAUAAAUUAUUCUCCUAGAAAUAACGUAAUGAACAUUGUAAAAGGACGAACUGGUUUCCACAUAUCGUUAAGAAAGAUUCCAACUUGAUAAGCUCAAAGAUCAACAGAGUUCUUCAGACUUAAGCUGUUGUAGAAGUUUCCUUCAAAAAAAAAAAAAAA